AUGCAUUUGUCCAAGUUUUUAAGCGUUAUUUUUAUUGCAUUGUUGUUUGGAAGUAAUGUGGAAAGUGACGACAGUAAAGUCGUCAUCUCAUUUCCAACAACCUUGGAUCUCAGUCUUCCGGUUAAGAACAAUGGGAAGUAUACAGUGCACCUAACGAGACAAAAAAGUGAUGGCGUUGAUGGGGCUGAUGUUGUCGAAGAUGCCGAUGGAACUCAGUGGCAUAUGAAUAAAUUAGAGCUCGUCAAAAUUUAUGAGAAUACCAAGGAAUCGGCUGUUUUCACAGUGGCUAAAAUUAUUGAAAAUGGGAUUCUAAAAACCAAAUAUGUAGGAGACUUUGUUUACGGCAGAGACAGCUACAGCAUGUUCCCAAACACAGCGGGGCACAAAAUGAACAAAGAGGAGACAUCAGUGCUGCUUGAUGGAGUCGAGUACGUGAUCGCCAUCAUGAAAUCGAUCCCACCAGAAUUUAAUGGUUCGGAUAGAGAACUGAAGCCUCCAAAAAAUACAGUUUUUUUGAACGGCCACGAUUUGUCAAGCGUGCAAACUUCUGGAAUUAACCGCGCGAAGAGAUACAGCGGAGGCGUAGUUGAUCUGGUGGUCGAAGCUCUAUUCAUACUCGACUAUUCUAUUUUCAGAGAGUAA